AUGGGGAUUCCUGGACUCAUCAAUGCCAUUGGCUCUGGAGAACGGAUUUCCUUGUCCAAGCUGGCAAUAACCCACUUGGAACGGACUUCAAGACCCAUACGCAUUGCCGUGGAUAUCUCGAUAUGGCUGUUUCAGGUGCAGGCCGGUCGAGGUGGACGAAAUCCAGAGCUGCGAACUCUGUUUUACAGACUAUUGAAGUUCCUAGCGCUGCCUAUCCAUCCGCUAUUUGUUUAUGAUGGGAAGGACAAACCGCCCUUCAAAAGAGGCAAGGCGGUCUCUGGUCGCAGCUACGGGAACGCGCCCAUCAUCCGGCUCUCGAAGGUUCUGAUUGAUCUGUUCAAGUUUCCUCGACACGAUGCUCCAGGUGAGGCCGAAGCUGAAUGUGCUAGAUUGCAGACAGCAGGUGUCGUUGAUGCCGUCAUGAGCAACGAUGUUGACGCCUUGAUGUUUGGCUCGACCCUGACCGUUAUGAAUUUCUCCAAGGAGAGUGGCAGUGGCACCUCCGCAGCCACGCAUAUUACCUGCUACAGAAUGUGUGGUGAUGGCGAUCAUCCCUCAAAUGUGCCGCUUGACCGUGCUGGUAUGAUCCUAUUCGCGAUGCUCAGUGGCGGUGACUACUUGCCGUCGGGAGUUCCAAAGUGUGGCAGCAAGUUGGCCGCGGAGAUUGCCAGAGCAGGCUUUGGCGCAGAUCUAUUGGACACUAUCAGAUCCGACGGGCCUGAACUCGACAUGAAACUAGAAGAAUGGAGAGAAAGGCUACAGUACGAGCUGGACGAGAACGAAAGCGGGUAUUUCCAGACGAAGCACAAAGCAGUACGCAUUCCAGAGUCGUUUCCAGAUAUGGCAGUCCUAUCGUAUUACGCCAAGCCCGUGGUGUCCUCGCCACAGGAUAUUGAAGUGCUUAAAUCCCGCCUGAUGAAUGCUUGGGAUCAGGAAAUCGACGUCCUCGAACUGCGAAGAUUCACUGCCGAUGCAUUCGAGUGGAAUUAUCGUUCUGGGGCAAGGAAGGUGAUCAAGUUGCUCGCAGAGCCUCUUGUCUCCUAUAGACUCCGCUUGCAGAAAAGCCCGUCACCCUUUGCCGGGAAUACCUCCUUGUCAGGCAGCGAUGUGCCAAUGUUGCAAAAGAUCUACAAGAGCCGAACCAGUUUUAGUACUGAUGGCCUGACAGAGCUACAGUUGGAAAUUGUCCCGAUAGAUGUCGUUGGUUUGAACCUACUCGCCGAGGAACCUAAUCCUCCAAUUCCUUCCCAGGAAACGACAAUUGUUUCUGGGGACGAAGAGGAGGAUGUGGAAGUCUUUACAGAGGCUACAGUUCAGUCGCCGACUAAAAAGCGGACCGCCAAGCGUUUCGACCCCUAUGCCGCUGAAAAAGUCUGGAUCUUCGAGACCAUUGCCACCAUCGGGGUGCCUGAGGUCGUGCAGACCUGGAAAAAGGAACAGGCCGAGAAGGCUUCCGCGCCGAAGAAGUCAAGCAAUCGGAAGACAGGCCCCAAGAAGAAGGGACCAAUCGACCCCGGCAUGAAACGAGGCAGCAUCCUCAAGUAUGGUACACUCACCAAGCAGAGAUCUGACAUCUCAGAGUUCAAAGGCGCACAACUAUUUGAGGCGACAAUGUCCGCAACUCCUCCAAGAAAUUCGAGAGCGCCAGGGCUUCUGCGUGCUGAGAGCUCUCCAGACGCCUUAAUGAGGGUUAGCCCAAUCUACGGCCCAUAUAGUCAUAAGCGCAGGUUGGAUAUUCAACCGCAAGUAUAUCAGCCUGUAGAUGAUUUGGUUGACUCAUUUACUUCUUCGUGCACCAUAUCCUCCAUGCCGGACAUCAAGCGACAUCCGGUGGCCACGCGAUCUCGCAUGGGGAGCCGGCGGGCGGGUGUACGCUCUGGUGAUGUUGAGGUGCAGACUCUCGACUUCUUAAGUGCUGAACCUGUCUUCAAUUCCUCUCCGUCGCGUACGUCUCCCGCUAGAAUCAAAAUGAGUUACUCCAAUGCCAGGUACGAUGACUCCGCCGGUUCAGAUCUAUCCUCAGACACAAAGUCUGUCGUAUCACCACCAUCGCCUGGAAGCGAGAGUCGUCAGCAGACGCAAUCGAGGCCCAUCAAGACGUCAGCUAAGCCUCGAAGGAGGGUAGAAGUUCAAGAGUUGGAGGAAAUUAUGUCUGCGGUUACACUCAGUGAUGGAAGCCCUUAUGAACAAUUAGAAACUUUAGCGCAAACACCGACCGGCCUCAAAGCUCGAUCACUAAGAGGGCUGAAAAUGCAUGAGGUUCAUGCUCUCGCCACUGAAGCUCAAACAGCGCGCUCCUCUCGAACGAAGGAGAGCGUCUCUCCGACCGCAAACCAUUCAUGUGUGAAGGCCCCCGGUGUACGCCUGCCGCCAAGUGCUCCAAAGACGUUGGUAAUGGACCCGUGCGCGGAUGAUGCGCUCGAGCCGACAACGAAGGAGGAAAAGCGAGUCGAAUCGAGCAGUAAGGUGUCAUGGCCUCGCCAGACUUCCUCACAUCUAGAAUCGGUCAUUGUGUGCGAUGGGUUCUGGACGACGGAGGCUAAGUCCCAAUCUGAGCUGGCUUCAGAGGAGACAGAGCGUGGCUCGUCCAACAGUGACGAAAAGAGAAAGAAGAAGCGCAUCCCGCGUGUGAGCAUUUUGGACUUGAGCUGA